GUACCCGCUCCUGCACCUGUUUCUCUUGUACCUGAGGUGCAGCUGCUCCUACCCACCUCUCCUGGCCUGAGCCUUGCCCGGUGCGACACCCUGAAGGCACCUCCUCCUCCCCCAGUCUCACCCUCCUGGGCAGCUCCUACACUCAACUCCUUCUCUAGGGAAGGUCUCACCUCCAGCCCGGAGCAGUCGGGAUUACAGGCUCCACCUAACUGCUCUUCUGUCCUUGUGGAAGCUUGGUGGGGAAGGGAGACAUCCUCAAUAAUUAUUCCCAUUAUCAAAGCCCCACCUUCGGCUCAGGAAGCGCCAUGACUGAAGUUGGUUGGUGGAAGCUGACCUUCCUCCGGAAAAAGAAAUCCACUCCCAAGGUGCUGUACGAGAUCCCUGACACCUAUGCCCAAACGGAGGGAGGCACGGAACCCUCAGGGUCCAACACUGGGAGCCCCAACAGCGACUUUAACACCCGCCUGGAGAAGAUUGUGGACAAGAGCACAAAAGGCAAGCACGUCAAAGUCUCCAAUUCAGGCCGCUUCAAGGAGAAGAGUAAAGUUCGAGCCACGCUGGCAGAGAACCCCGGCCUCUUUGAUGGCCGGGAGGGCAAAGGACAGUGAAGGGCCGAGGAGGACGCUAGCACCUCCUGGCUCCCUGCCCUCAGCUGGAUCUGAGACAGGAGCUUGCCACGCUGGCCUCAUUGGUCAUAGCUGAAGCCACUGUGGGGGCAGCUGACGCCUGCUGGGAGGAAAUGUCUGGCUGUUAGGUUUGUAUCUACACGCCUCACUUUUGUUAGGCCUGGGAGAUCCAGGGUCCUCCCACCCUCCCCUGACGCAUACAAAGGCACUCCAGUUCAAGGGUGAACACUCCCACCUAGGAAGGACAGCCCUCCUUGAAGCAAUGGCAGGGCCAUGGGGAGGUGGACUUGGCAGGGAACGGAGAGAGGGAGCCGGACAGACUCCACCUCCCCUCGGCACAGGGUCAAGGGUGAGUUUGAAUUGCCCUCCCUCUGCUUUCUCUACCUGUGACUGUUCCCUGGACCAAUCCUGAGGAGAGCACAUUUUCCAGAAGCCACGUGAUGGGGGGUGGUUUCUGUGGAGCCAGAGGCAGAGACACUGAACUUGAGCUCAAUUCCUAGCACAAGUGGUAAACUUCCUGGAACUUUGUCCCCAGGUGUGGAGGGGGCAGAAGACCUUGGCACUCCAUAGGGGGUGCCACAGAAGGCCAAGGGUCUAAACUGGGGGAGUGGGUGGGGAAGCUCUGGUAGGAGCUAAAAGCAGCCAGUUUCCUCCUCUCCUUUCCCCUACUAGUAUAUAAGACGGAUCAGCUCCAGAGAUGAGUCCUGGGGCCUCAAAUUUUGUCUA